GUUUGUACAAUAUAAUUAUCACGUUAUUACGUGAAAACUUUAUUGUUUAGGCUACGUUAACCUGGUGCGAUUAGAGCGUGAGAAAAUGUCUCGUUUAACUGAGUUAAUCAAGUUUUAUUUUAUGCUUGGAUUGAGACAUGGGGAAAUUUUGCAGCUACUGAUCAGCUUGGACAAUGUUGUUAUCAGCAUGCGGACACUGAGAAGGAACCUAAAACACAUGGGGCUGUACAGGAGGAAGAAUGAGUCUGAUCCGAUGGAAGUGGCUGCAUUUCUUAUUGAUCAGCUCGAGGGACACGGGAGGCUCCAUGGAUACAAACUACACCACCUGAAUUGCAUUCAAGCGGGUUAUGUUGUCACUCAGAGUACUGUCCGUCAUUUGCUUAAAUAUCUAGAUCCUUAUGGUGUUGAGCAACGACGCAAAAAUCGUCUAAUCCGACGGAUGUAUGUUAAUCCUGGACCAAAUUUCAUGUGGCACGUCGACUCCUACGACAAACUGAAGCCCUUUGGAAUCUGUAUAAAUGGAGCCAUUGAUGGUUUUUCGAGAGCUAUGAUUUGGCUUCAUGCCUUUUCAACAAACAGUGAUCCCAAAAUCAUUGCUGGGUAUUUCAUAGCAGAAGUUGAAAAGAGGCUUGGGACACCUUCCCGGAUUCGCUCCGAUCUGGGAACAGAAAAUGUCACAAUGGCAGACAUGCAAAGAUUCUUGCGAUGGAGUACGGAUCAUAACGUCACUAACUGUUUUAUUACUGGGUCUAGUAAUCACAAUCAGCGAAUUGAAAGCUGGUGGGCCUUUCUGAGACGGCAUCAUGCUCAGGACUGGAUGAAUCGUUUCCAGGAUCUAAAAGACAAUGACAGUUUCUCUGGAUGCUUUUUGGACAAGCAGCUCAUAUUGUUUACAUGCCUGAACGUCAUUGAGGAAGAGCUCCAGCAAGUUGUGCAUCUGUGGAACACCCACAUUAUACGCAGAAGCAGAAGUGCAGUUGCCCCAAGUGGACGUCCGAUUCUGAUGUACACCAUCCCUCAUCUUUUUGGAGGACAGGAUUAUCUAAAAGAGGUUUCUCAGAAUUCAGUGGAUGUUUGUAAGCAAGAAUGCCAACAGAGAGGACCUUAUACCUGUGAUGAAACAGUUUUCAGCUUGUGCUGCCUUAUAAUGUCAGAGAACUUCUUAACUCCACCAAGUACAGCAGAUGAAUCCAUUGAACUGUAUCUUUUCCUGAGAGCCUAUAUCCUGAAGGACUUACAACUUGGGCACUUUUACUGAUACAAUUUUGGGCACAUCAUUUUAUUUGUGUGACAAUUUAUCACUUUUGUUAUUUAUUUGUUUUCGUUUUCUAAUCAAGAUCAUAGCAAGUGAAUGCCGACAUAUUAAACCAAAUCUAUGUACUCAAUUGAACAAUCAAAAUGAAACAAAUCCCUUGACAUUAACAAUUCCAAAUGCAGUGCCAAAGUGUGGUUGCUGUACACUACUUUGUUUUAAUAAACUGAGAUUUUUAGUUGCAGUGACAUUACUAUAGUCUAAUUUUUGAGAAAGAUACAUAUUAUUUGCAUAAUCUGUAAAAAAUUCUUUAAGGUUUUUUCCUAAAAGAAGACUAUAUAAAUAUUUUGAAAAUUUACAAUGUCUUGUUACUUUUGAUAUGUCACCUUUUGAAUAUUGGCCAAUUACAAUCUAUGACUCAUUUAUUGGUGCAUCUUUAACUAGUUCAGCACACGAUAAUACAUAACCUCUAAAACAUUAUUCAGACAAAAGGCAGGAAAAAACAAAAGUACAAAAAUUCAAACUGCCUUCUUAGUUUAAACAUAUUCCAGAUUCUUUCGGAAGAUGAAAACACUGUAAAUGUGAUCAUUCUUUAUCUACAUCCAUAAAAUACAUUCAACAUAAAUAAUAUGAAAUACACCUUUUUAUUUUGUAUAAGGUGGCAUUAUGUCUUUAUGGCUUGAAUUUUGAGUAUUACAGCAUGAUGUUUGUAAUGGAGUUACUGGGUUGUUUUCAAAUAAAAACUCAACUUCAGAGAUGAUUUUUCAACAAUAAAAUUCCUCCUUAUUUUUAACUGCUUUUUGACUGCAUUGUGAUUUAAGCACCAAUUUAAAGCUUGGUUGUUGGAGCAGGUGGAAAAUCUGGAGAAUACAAAAUGAAGAUUAAAACUAAACUUAAUACCAACUUAUACAAUGACUGGGUAAAGCACCAAUAAUUGUGUGUGUAAUGAUGUUCUAUUUGAUACAAGUGGCUAACAGUAAUGUAUUACAAAUGGUUUUGGUGUUUCUUAAAAUGUUAUAUAAUAUAUGUUAUAUGCUAUUCAUUGUCAUUUAUGAGAUCUUGUAACCAGUGUCUUUAAAUUGGAUAAAAACAUUGUUCAACUGUUAUCCACCCUUUAAUAGUUUCUUGUUAACUAGUAAAUAGAAAUAAAUCAUAAUUAUUUAGCAAUAAACAAACACCGUUAUAUAUAAAUCUCCCUUUAAUUUGAAUGUAAAUGGAAGAAAACAUGGACUCUCAAUAAACACUGUAAAACUCAACUCAAAUACCAGUGUUCUGUGUACUUUUUUCUCGUCAAAUAUUGCUUCAAU